AUGGCCCUGGUCCUGUGGGUCCUUGGCCUGGUAGGCUGGUCCUGCUCCGUGUCAGCCAACAUCUUUGAAUACCAGGUGGAUGCCCAGCCGCUCCGACCCUGUGAGCUGCAGAGGGAAGCGGCCUUUCUGAAGCGGGCGGACCACGUUCCCCAGUGCUCAGAAGAUGGGGGUUUCCAGACUGUCCAGUGCCGAAAUGAUGGCCGCUCCUGUUGGUGUGUGGGUGCUGAUGGCAGGGAAGUGCCAGGCAGCAGGCGGCAGGGAAGACCAGAGGCUUGUCUGUCCUUCUGCCAGCUGCACAAGCAGCAAAUCUUGCUGAGCAGCUACCUCAACAGCACGGCCACAUCCUACCUCCCUCAGUGUSGAGACUCAGGGGACUACUCGCCUGUGCAGUGUGACCUGCAGCAGGMGCAGUGCUGGUGCGUGGACGCAGAGGGCAUGGAGGUGUACGGCACCCGGCAACUGGGGAGGCCAACGCGAUGUCCAAGGAGCUGUGAGAUAAGGAACCGUCGUCUUCUCCAUGGGGUGGGAGACAAGUCACCACCCCAGUGUUCUGCAGAUGGAGAGUUUAUGCCCGUCCAGUGCAAAUUUGUCAACAYCACAGACAUGAUGAUCUUCGAUUUGGUCCAUAGCUACAACAGGUUCCCAGAGGCAUUUGUGACCUUCAGUUCCUUCCGGAGCAGGUUCCCUGAGGUGUCUGGGUACUGUUACUGUGCUGACAGCCAAGGGCGGGAACUGGCGGAGACAGGUUUGGAGUUGUUACUAGAUGAAAUUUACGACACCAUUUUUGCUGGCCUGGACCUGCCUUCCACCUUUGCUGAAACCACCCUGUACCGGAUAUUGCAGAGACGGUUCCUUGCAGUUCAGCUAGUCACCUCUGGCAGAUUCCGAUGCCCCACCAAAUGUGAAGUGGAGCGGUUUGCAGCAACCAGCUUUGGCCACCCCCAUGUUCCAAGCUGCCACCGCAAUGGAGACUACCGGGCAGUGCAGUGCCAGACGGAAGGGCCGUGCUGGUGUGUGGAUGCCCGGGGGAAGGAGAUCCCUGGGACUCGGCAGCAAGGGGAGCUGCCAUCUUGCGCUGAAGACCAGUCUUGUGCCUCAGGAAGGCGGCAGGCCUUGACCAGGCUCUACUUUGGGACCUCAGGCUACUUCAGCCAGCAGGACUUGUUCUCUGCUCCCGGGAAAAGGCGGGUCUCUCAGAGAGGAACCAGUUCAGCCACAUCCUGCGCCCCCAUGAUCAAGGAGCUGCUGGUUGACUCUGGGCUCCUCCGCCCAGUGGCACAGGGGCAGGAUCCACAGUUCUCUCCAUCUGAGGGUCUACUCAAAGAAGCCAUGAGGGCCAUUUUUCCCUCCCGGGAGCUGGCUCGUCUUGCCCUUCGGUUUACCACCAACCCAAAGCGACUCCAGCAAAACCUUUUUGGAGGGAAAUUUUUGGUAAAUGUUGGCCAGUUUAACUUGUCUGGAGCCCUUGGCAUGAGAGGCACAUUUAACUUCAGUCAAUUUUUCCAGCAACUUGGUCUCUCAGGCUUCCAGAAUGGAGGGGGACCAAUAGAACUAGCCAAGACACCCUCCGUGGGAUUGGCUUCAAAUUCUACCACAGGGACUCUCAGUGCCUCGAAGGACACUGCUGUGAAUAAGCCACUUGUGGGCAGCUUUGGAUUUGAAGUCAAUUUGCAAGAGAACCAAAAGGCCUUAAAAUUCCUUGCUUCUCUCCUGGAGCUUCCAGAAUUCCUUGUCUUCCUGCAGCAUGCCAUUUCCGUACCAGAAGAUGUGGCGGGGGAUCUAGGUGACGUGAUGGAAGUAGCUCUCAGCUCCCAGGUCUGUGAGCAGACCCCUGGCAGGCUUUUUGUCCCCUCGUGCACACCUGAAGGAAACUAUGCGGAUGUCCAGUGCUUUGCUGGAGAGUGCUGGUGUGUGGAUGCCCGGGGCAAAGAACUUCCUGGCUCCAGAGUCCGAGGUGGACGACCGAGGUGCCCCACAGAGUGUGAGAAGCAAAGGGCUCGCAUGCAAAGCCUCAUGGGCAGCCAGCCUGCUGGCUCCAGCUUGUUUGUCCCUUCUUGUACUAGUGAGGGUCACUUCCUGCCUGUCCAAUGCUUCAAUUCCGAGUGCUACUGUGUGGAUGCUGAGGGUCAGGCUAUUCCUGGGACUCGAAGUAUAAUUGGCGAGCCCAAGCAAUGUCCCACCCCCUGUCAGUUGCAGGCCGAGAAAGCUUUCUUUGGGAUGGUGAGGGUCCUGAUGGCCAACUCCAGCAUGCCACCCACCAUCUCCAGCAUCUACGUCCCACAGUGCAGGGUGGGGGGACAGUGGAACCCAGUGCAAUGCGAUGGGCCCCCCGAGCAGGCCUUUGAGUGGUACGAGCAAUGGAGGGCUCAGAACACGGAUGGCCAGGAGCUGACCCCGGCUGCGCUGCUAAUGAAGAUCAUGAGCUAUAGAGAAGCAGCUUCCAGAAACUUCCGUCUCUUUGUUCAAAACCUGUAUGAGGCUGGCCAACAGGGCAUCUUUCCAGUGUUGGCUCAAUAUUCUUUCUUUCAAGAUGUCCCCCUGGCAUCAUUGGAAAGGAAUAUGACUCUCCCCGGGGAGAAUGUCCUCCUGGAUCCCUACCUCUUUUGGCAGAUCCUAAAUGGCCAGCUUGGCCGAUACCCAGGGCCSUACUCAGACUUCAGCACACCUCUGUCACACUUCGACCUUCGGAGCUGCUGGUGUGUGAAUGAGGCUGGCCAGGAGCUGGAAGGAACUCGUGCAGAGCCAAGCAAGGUCCCAGCAUGUCCUGGCUCCUGUGAGGAAGCUAAGCGUGGUGUCCUGCAGUUCAUUAAGGAAGCGGAAGAGAUUGUCUCAGCUUCCAACAGCUCCCGCUUCCCUUUGGGAGAGAGUUUCCUGGUGGCCAAAGGAAUCCAGCUGACCAACGAGGAGCUGGGCCUUCCUCCGCUCCCUUCCCGGGAGGCUUUCUUGGAGAAGUUUCUGCGUGGGAGCGAUGAUGCCAUCCGUUUGGUGGCUCAGUCUACCUUGAGCUUCUAUCAGCGAAGUGGAUCGUCUCUGGAGGACCCCUCUGGAACAGUGGGCCCUCUGCGAUCUGGCCCCUACGUGCCGCAGUGUGAUGCCUUCGGAAACUGGGAGCCCGUGCAGUGCCACGCUGGGACCGGGCACUGCUGGUGCGUGGACGGGAAGGGGGAGCCCACUCCUGCCUCGUUGACUGCGCGCUCCCCAGACCUCCCCCAGUGCCCCUCCACCUGUGAGACGUCUCUAGCCAACGGGCUGCUUUCCGGUUGGAAACAGGCUGUAUCCCAAGAAAACCCAUCUCCGGAAGACCUGUUCACCCCCACCUGCCUAGAGACAGGAGAGUAUGCCAGUCUGCAGGCGACCGAGGGGCGCACCACAUGUGUGCACCCUGCAUCAGGAGAAGAAGUGUCACCUGGCAUGAGCAGCAGUGGCCAGUGCCCAGGCCUCUGUGAAGUCCUCAGGAGUGGAGCCCUCUCCAGGGCCAUCGGCCCAGGCUAUGUCCCAGCCUGCAGGACACAGGAUGGGGGCUUUUCCCCAGUGCAGUGUGACCCGACUCAGGGCAGCUGCUGGUGUGUGCUGGAGAGUGGAGAGGAGGUGCCCGGGACCCGCGUGGUGGGCAGCCAGCCCGCCUGUGAAAGCCCACAGUGCCCCCUGCCCUUCUCUGGGUUGGAGGUGGCUGGUGGAGUGAUCCUCUGUGAGGGAGCCUYGGGCCCAGGGGGAGCUGCCGAGCAGCAGUGCCGGGUGCUCUGCCGCCAGGGCUUCCGGAGCGCCUUUGCCCUGGGGCCACUGGUGUGCAGCCUGGACAGCGGACGCUGGGUGACACAGCCUCCACCGCCCCGGGCCUGCCAGCGGCCUCAACUGUGGCAGACCAUCCAGAGCCAAGCACACUUCCAGCUCCAGCUCCCGCCGGGGAAGCUGUGCAGCGCUGACUACGCAGGCUUGCUGCCGGCUUUCCAGGUCUUCCUGCUGGACGAGCUGAAGGCCCGUGGUUUCUGCCAGCUCCAGGUGAAGACAAAGGGGACRCUGCUCUCCAGUCCUGCCUGCAUGGACUCCUCAGUGCAGGUGGGGUGUCUGGCUGCAGAUCGUCUAGGAGUGAAUGUCACUUGGAAGUCUCAGCUUGAGGACAUCCCAGUGGCCUCUCUUCCUGACUUACAUGACGUUGAAGAGUCCUUAGUGGGCAAGGAUUUCCUUGGGCGCUUCRCAGAUCUGAUCCAAAGUGGCCUGUUCCAACUUCAUCUGGACUCCAGGGUGUUCCCGGCAGACCCCUCCAUCCGCUUCCUCCAGGGGGACCGCUUGGGCACCUCUCCCAGGACACGGUUUGGGUGCUUGGAAGGAUUCUACCAAGUGUCGGCCUCCAGCAAUGCCAGCGAGGACCUKCUGGGGUGUGUUAAGUGUCCUGAAGGAAGCUAUUCUCGGGACGAGCAAUGCGUUCCCUGUCCUGUUGGAUUCUACCAAGAAAGGGCAGGCAGCUCAGCCUGUGUCCCGUGUCCUGGGGGCAGAAUGACCAUUGCCCCUGGAGCCUUCAGCCAGAUGCACUGUGUCACUGACUGUCAGAGGAAUGAGGCGGACCUGCAGUGUGACCAGGAYGGCCAGUACCGAGCCAGCCAGCAGGACAGGGGCAGUGGGAAGGCCUUCUGUGUGGACAGUGAGGGGCGGCGGCUGCCGUGGUCGGAGACGGAGGCCCCGCUGUCGGACCCUCAGUGUCUGGUGAUUCGGAAAUUUGAGAAGGCUCCAGAUUCGAAGGUGAUCUUUAAUACCAAUGCUCCUGUGAUGGUCAAGUCCAAAGUUCCUGGUUCUGAACCCUCACUGAUGCAGUGCUUGGCAGACUGUGCGGAGGACCUGGCCUGCAGCUUCCUCGCAGURCUCACAGUGGGCUCAGAGGUCUCCUGUGAUUUCUAUGGUUGGACAAGUGACAACUUUGCCUGCACAACUUCUGGUCAGGAGCAGGAUGCUUUGGGGAACUCAAAGGAAGCCAGCAUUGGAAGCCUCAGGUGCCAAGUGAAAGUAAGGAGCAGCAGCAAUCAAGAUUCUSUGGCUGUGUAUUUGAAAAAAGGCCAAGAGUCCUCCACAGUGGGCCAGAAAAGCUUUGAACCCACUGGCUUCCAGAACACGCUCUCCGGACUGUACAGCCCUGUGGUGUUCUCGGCCUCGGGAGCCAACCUCACGGACGUGCACCUCUUCUGUCUCCUUGCCUGUGACCAAGAUUCCUGYUGCGACGGCUUUGUCCUUUCACAGGUCAAAGGAGGGCCCAUCUUCUGUGGAUUGCUGAGCUCCCCAGAUGUCCUGCUUUGCAAUGUCGAUGACUGGAYGGCCUCGUCUGAAGUUCAGGCCAAUGCUACGUGUCCUGGUGUGACAUAUGACCCGGAGAGCCACCAGGUGACAUUUCAUCUUGGAGGCCAGGAGAUCAUGAAGAGUCUGGUGCCCCUGGAAGGAGCUCAAGACACCAUCACCAUUUUCCAGCAGGUUUACCUCUGGAAAGAUUCCGACAUGGGGUCAAGGCCGGAGUCCAUGGGAUGUAGGAGAGAUGUGGAACCAGGGCCAGGAUUUCCACUGGUGACAGAUUUGACAGCAGAGCUCUUCUCCCCUGUGGACCUUACCCAGGUCACCAUCAACGCAAGCCAACCCCUGCCCGGCCAGCAGUCCUGGCUUUUCAAACGCCUGUUUUCCGCCCCGCAGGCAGAACGCUGGUGCCUCUCUCGCUGUCUCCAGGAGCCUGCUUUCUGUCAGCUGGUGGAGGUGACAGACAGGGCACCCUUGUACUUCACCUGCUCCCUCUACCCAGAGGCCCAAGCAUGUGAUGAUGUCCUAGAGUCCAGCUCCAGGGGCUGCCGCCUAACCCUGCCCCACCAGCCAAGUGCCCUAUUCCGGAAGAAAGUUGUCCUGGGAGAAAGAGUGAAGAACUUUUACACUCGCCUGCCAUUCCAAAAGCUGACGGCCAUUGCCAUCAGAAACAAAGUGCCCAUGUCUGCAAAACCCAUUUCCGACGGGUUCUUUGAAUGCGAGCGCCGGUGUGACGCGGACCCGUGCUGCACUGGCUUUGGAUUUCUUAAUGUUUCCCAGUUAAAAGGAGGAGAGGUGACAUGCCUGACCCUGAGCAGCAUGGGACUUCAGACGUGCAGUGAGGAAAACCCAGGAGCCUGGCGCAUCUUGGACUGUGGCUCUCCUGACACAGAGACCCACACCUAUCCCUUUGGGUGGUACCAGAAGCCCAGUGCUUACAGCGAUGCCCCCAGUUUCUGUCCUUCGGUAGUCCUGCCUCCCCUCACAGGAAGAGUCGCUCUGGACUCGUGGCAGACCCUGGCCCUCUCUUCAGUAGCUCUGGACCCAUCCAUCCGGGACUUUGAUGUCGCYCACAUCAGCACUGCUGCCACCAGUGACUCUGCAGCUGCCCGAGACUUCUGUUUGUUGGAAUGUUCCCGUCACCAGGCCUGCCUGGUCACCACUCUCCAGGCCCGUGCUGGGGCCGUCAGGUGCGUGUUCUACCCUGACACCCACAGCUGCACACACAGCCUGCAGGGCCAGAGCUGCCGCCUUCUGCUCCGUGAGGAGGCCACCCACAUCUACCGGAAGCCUGGUGAGCCUCUCCUGGGCUUUGAAGCAUCUGUGCCCUCUAUGUCCCUUGCCACCCAUGGCCGGCUGCUGGGCAGGUCCCAGGCCUUCCAGGUGGGCUCUGCAUGGAAGCAAGUGAACCAGUUCCUUGGAGUUCCGUAUGCCACACCACCCCUGGCAGAGAGACGCUUCCUGGCACCAGAGCCCUCAAACUGGACAGGCUCCUGGGAUGCCACCAAACCGAGARCCAGCUGCUGGCAGCCGGGCACCCAGACACCCACCCCUCCUGGAGUCAGUGAAGACUGCUUAUAUCUCAACGUGUUUGUCCCUGAGAACAUGGCCCCCAACGCAUCAGUGCUGGUGUUCUUCCACAACACUGCGGGGACAGAGGGAAGCGAAGGGCGGCUGGUGAUCGAUGGCUCAGUCCUGGCUGCUAUUGGCAACCUCAUCRUAGUCACUGCCAACUACCGAGUGGGUGUCUUCGGCUUCCUGAGUUCCGGGUCCAGGGAGGCGACUGGCAACUGGGGGCUGCUGGACCAGGUGGCAGCUCUGACUUGGGUGCAGACCCACAUUGGAGCAUUUGGCGGGGACCCUCGACGUGUGUCCCUGGCAGCAGACCGUGGCGGGGCUGAUGUGGCCAGCCUCCACCUUCUCAUGACGAGGACCACUGGCCCCAGGCUCUUCCGGAGGGCUCUGCUGAUGGGAGGCUCUGCACUGUCCCCUGCAGCUGUCAUCAGCCCAGACAGGGCUCAGCAACAGGCAGUGGCGUUGGCCAAAGAGGUCGGCUGCCCCACCUCGUCCAGCCGAGAAGUGGUGUCCUGCCUCCGCCAGAAGCCCGCCAAUGUCCUCAAUGAUGCCCAGACCAAGCUGCUGGCUGUGAGUGGCCCUUUCCACUACUGGGGUCCUGUGGUCGAUGGCCAGUACCUCCGCGAAGCUCCAGCCAGAGCGCUGCAGAGGCCUCCGGGGGUGAAGGUGGAUCUGCUGAUCGGGAGCUCUCAGGACGACGGGCUCAUUGACAGGGCCAAGGCCGUGAAGCAAUUUGAGGAACGUCAAGGCCGGGCCAACAGCAAAACAGCCUUCUACCAGGCGCUGCAGAACUCCCUGGGCGGCGAGGACUCGGACGCCCGCGUGCUGGCUGCUGCCACCUGGUACUACUCCCUGGAGCACUCUGCCGACGACUACRCCUCCUUCUCCCGGGCACUGGAGAACGCCACCCGAGACUACUUCAUCACCUGUCCCACGAUCGACAUGGCCAGGCUCUGGGCAAGGCGGGCCCGCGGGAACGUCUUCAUGUACCACGCCCCUGAAAGCUACGGCCGUGGCAGCCUGGAGUUGCUGGUGGAUGUGCAGCACACCUUUGGCCUUCCCUUCUACCCAGGCCACCAGGGGCAGUUUUCCCUGGAGGAGAAAAGCCUGUCGCUGAAGGUCAUGCAGUACGUUUCCAACUUCAUCAGAUCUGGAAAUCCCAACUACCCACACGAGUUCUCACGGAGAGCUCCUGAGUUCGCAGCCCCCUGGCCCGACUUUGUGCCUGGAGCCGGUGGAGAGAGCUACAAGGAAUUCAGCGCCCUGCUCCCCAGUCGUCGGGGCCUGAAGCAAACCGACUGCUCCUUCUGGUCCAAGUACAUCCGCACUCUGAAGGCCUCUGCAGCUGGAGCCAGGGACGAGCAGCUGACAGGGGAUGAAGAGGAGUUGACAGCGGGGGCUGAGCAGACAGAAGACCUCCUGGGGCCCCAAGAACCAGGCCCUAAGAGCUACAGCAAGUGA